AUUUGUGAAUGACAGCCAUGGAGGUGGUUUCGAGCGGCGCGGCGGUGCUCCACGGGUUCUUUGCCGCUGCGGGCUUCGUCCUGCUCUACUUCUCCUAUAAAUACGCGCGCAAGUACUACAACCAAGCUGCCUUCCUCCUGCCGCCGUUCGUGUGCAUUUGCGUCAUCUACGAGAACAUGAUCCUCGCGACCGUGGGUCUAGACAAGGACUACGACAGCGUCAAGGUCAUGCUCGCGUUUCAGUCGUGCAUCAUUCCCGCGAUGCUGCUCAUCUGCUUUGAAGUCGCGUACCUCGUGCACAAGAACCGGUCGGUAAACUUUUGCGGCAUUUCGUUCGACUCUGGACACCGCACCCACCGCGACGACUGCAAGUCGACCUUUCUUCGCUUCGCCAUGUGGCUCGUGGGGCUCGGCCUGCUCACGCUCAAGCUGCUCGUGUACUACCGGUACUACGACGACAUCGUGUUCACCUCGGGGUACGUGCUUCAUCCUGUCCGUUUGAGUAUUGCGUCGUCUUAGAUGUGUGAAUGUGGGCAGCAUCUACGAAGUCAACGGAUCCGCCACCGUCGGCACCGUCCUGACCAUCAUCCCGGCGUUCUCGCUGGUCGUGCUCGCCAUCUACAUCGGCAUGCGGCUGUGGAACUACGGAAGCAACUACGCGUACACGGUGCACUCGACGUGCUUCAACCCGUGGAUCUGGAUGAUGGUCGGUUCCUUCCUCCUCGCCGCGGGGUACCUCAUGCCGGACCCGCUCUUCGCGCGCACGUCCAACGGUGGUGAAAUCUGCAUGCUUGCUGCUAUUAUCCGGAUGUUCCGGGAAGUGCACAAGGAUUUGCAGGAAGGGACCGAGAUUGCGAAUACACUGCUGGACGGGUCCGCGGCCGGCCUCCACGAUCAUGCCACGUCACCUCGAAGCAUGCAAGACAGCAGUCCGUCCACGUCAGCCGCGUCAUCGUCCCACGCCAAAUAUGACCUCAUGGGAUCUCCAAGACGGACGAUGGAGGAGACGCGGCUCACGGACGCACACACGGACGCGUACUUGAGCGUCGUGAUCGCUCGCACCAAGGAAGCUAGCACCAACCCCAUGACGGUGGUGCCGCCCUGGAAACGGCAUUCUAAUGACGAGUUUGUGGACGUGGCGUUGAACGGUCCGUCGAGGCCGGUGCCGAUGCUGCAGGAGCUCAAGCCCAAGCCCGGGUCCGUCCACCCGGUCGCGUCGACGGGUUUAUUUGACGACAUGCCGCUGAUGGACUUCCCCCCUGCGUCGUUCUUUGGGAGCAUGAAUGAGGAGACGGAAGUGACGGUGUACGAGGCCACUCAUGUGCCGCUGGACCUGCUCGCGGAAACGGACAGCGUCGCCAUGUCACCGUCGGUGGAGGUCGUGUGCGACAGUGUUGAUCCAGCACCUGUGUCACAGAACCAACCCAAAGUGAUAGAAGCUGCAGAAGACGUCGACCGGUUGGCGUUGUCAGAGGUCAUUGUGAAGGAGAAUUCGUUGGAAGGAAGCGCGGAUGUUGCAGUGACAGCGGUGGAUGAGAUUGAACAAGAGGCAAAGGUGGAGGAGCGAAUCGACGAAGGAGUUGUCCGAGCUUUGGAGUUCAUGGUGCAUCAAGUCCAACAAGCUCAUGCCGCGAUGGACGAGCAACACAUGGACACCUCAUGGGAGCACGUCCCCGCCGAGCCAACCAGUCGGAUGGACGAAGGACAUGGCCACGUUCAUGAGGACACUCCCUGUGGCUUUGACGAGUUGGAACUGUCCAGUCUCAUGGAGGAGUCCACUGCCGAGGAAGAGGAACCGCCUCGUCCUUCAAGUUCAGAGCAGCAUCCACCGUCAAGAGAAGAGAUGGAUCUGAUGGACGUGAUGUUCUCCAUGACGGGCAUGGAAGUCGAGGAAGAGGGGGACACCAGCAUCAUCGCCGUCUCGUCCUCGAGUCGUCCCGGCGGAGUAGAUUACGACGAUGCACAGUCGACAAUGUAAUUGCAAACAAAAGUGAGGGACAUCGUGUCAAACGUGU